GACGGUUGAGAGCACACAAGCCGCUUUAGGAGUCGCGAGGCUCGGAGCCUUCGCUGCUGCUUCCUGAUCCGCGCCUAGAGUUUGACCAGCCACUCUCCAGCUCGGCUUUCCCAGUGCCGCCGAGAUGCUGUCCUGCCGCCUCCAAUGCGCGCUGGCUGCGCUCUCCAUCGUCCUGGCCCUGGGCGGUGUCGCCAGCGCGCCCUCGGACCCCAGACUCCGUCAGUUUCUGCAGAAGUCCCUGGCUGCCGCCGCAGGGAAGCAGGAACUGGCCAAGUACUUCUUGGCAGAGCUGCUGUCUGAACCCAACCAGACGGAGAAUGAUGCCCUGGAACCUGAAGAUCUGUCCCAGGCUGCUGAGCAGGAUGAAAUGAGGCUUGAGCUGCAGAGAUCUGCUAACUCAAACCCGGCUAUGGCACCCCGAGAACGCAAAGCCGGCUGCAAGAAUUUCUUCUGGAAGACUUUCACAUCCUGUUAGCUUUCUAAAUUAUUAUUGUCCAUUCCAGACCUCAGAUCCCUCACCCCCAAAUCCCAUCUCUCUUCCCUAAUCCUCCAAAUCCUCAGCAAGACCCUUGCAUUAGAAAUUGAAAGCUGUAAAUAUCAAAUAAAAUUAUGGUGAAAUUAUGAAAAA